AUGACAGAAUCCACUGCACAAAACGAGCCCUCUACACACGAGCCCUCUACACGCGCUGAUCAAAGUCAACGUCCCAUCGAAGUAGAUGUUAAGGCCACUGAGACAGAUUCUGCUUAUGGGAACGAGUUCUCAGUCUACAGUGCUUCUUUGACCUCAUCUGUGCUGGACUACCGCCACGAGAAUGGCAGGCGCUACCACGGUUACCGUGAUGGCAGUUAUCUCUUACCCAACGACGACAAAGAAUCUGAUCGCCUGGACAUGAUCCAUGAGAUGACACUAACAGUCAUGGAGAGAAAACUGUUUCUUGCACCUAUCGGACCAUCACCACAGCGAGUUAUUGACCUUGGCACUGGGACUGGAAUAUGGGCAAUCGACUUUGCGGACCAGUACCCUUCUGCAGAGGUCAUUGGUGUCGAUCUGAGUCCUACUCAGCCAUCCAUGGUUCCACCAAAUCUGAGGUUUCUCGUUGAUGACAUUGAGGCUGAAUGGGCAUACGAAAGUCCAUUCGACUUUAUCCACGCUCGUUAUCUGGCUUAUUCUAUCAAGGAUUUCAAGAAGUUGUUGAAGCAAUGUUUUAAGUACACGAAGCCUGGAGGCUGGGUGGAAUUUCAGGACUGGGACUCAAUGAUGAGGUCUGAAGAUGGAAGCACUAAAGGCAGCCACAUAGAGAGGUAUUCUAAGGAAGUACUCUCUGCUUUUGAAAAAGCGGGGUAUCCGACGCAACCCGGGCCGAAUCUCGAGCAAUGGUUCCGUGAAGCCGGGUUUGUGGACAUCCAUGUCCAGAAAUAUCGAAUCCCAAUGGGACCUUGGCCCAAGGAUCCGUAUUACAAAAAAAUCGGGACUUGGAAUUUGCUUCAGGGGGAGCCAGGAUUCGAGUCAGCUGCUAUAGCUGUGUUGACCAGAUUUGAAUCGUGGUCCCCUGAGGAAGUGAAAGUUCUCGCAGCGCAGGCUCUGAAUGAUGUCAAAAAUCCUAAGAUCCAUCCACUCUAUGACUAUUACGUUGUGUAUGGUCGGAAGCCAGAGUGA